CUUCGAGACCUGGUAAAGGCGGAUCAAUCGAAGCAGACUCGACCACGGACGGCAACAUCAUAUUCAGACGCCGAUACCCUCGUUGGAUCCGAAUCACCUCCAUCACUACCAUCACCGACAGAAGAGAAAGGAAGGAUACGAAUGUUACCAGCCACUCCACCUCACGUGACACAGCAAUACGAGCAAGUUGUUGCUGAGCUCGACCACAACAUCGGACUCAAAAUCUGCGCAGAUCUUCUGACGAACGAGCUUGCUUCAGCUCUCUACCGUCACCAUCCAGCCGAGCUUGAUGAACGAGCAUCUGGACUUCAGAUCCUUCUCAUGAUCGAAGCCUACGAAUCUAUUCAACAGCACGUGAGACAGAUGCUGUACGAUGCUCACGCCACUGGAGGAGACGACAAGCAUGUCAAGAUGGUUGAUGAGAUUCUAGAACAUUGGCUGCAUGUUCUUUUCUCGGUCUAUGAUCGGGCGCAGGAGAAA